GGGCUGAGCGCUUACUGAAGAGGAGGUGGAGACCAGAGGAGUAUUCAUAAACAGGAGUUCAUCUCCUAGUUUUAAAACGCCGCUCUCUGUUCAAACCUUCAAGUAGCGUAGAAUCUCACAACUCUCUAAGAGAAGCACUGCUCUGUGACGCCGCGGUUUCACUGGACAAAGUUGAAUGGACUUGAUUGCGCGGACAGCUCAUUGUUUUCAUUAACUUUCCAGGACGUCUUCCCACUUUAGCCGGGACUUUAACUCCCUUAAACUUUAUACGACACGUCCUUGCUGACAAGACCACUGAGACGAACCGCUGCUGCAGUGAAUCUGUGGGAUUUUAGGAGGAAGACAUCAGGAGGAACUCUCUCGCAAAUGCAAAACUAUAUGUAUGAGAAGGCGAUGGCACCCGAAACAAGAAACGGAGGAACAUCCACGUUAAAUAACAACGGCGUAGACAACAGCAAGAGGAAACUUUUAAUAGCACUAGACAUCUUCUGCCUUGUUCUGGCUGGCCUGCCUUUCCUGAUAAUUGAAACUAGCACAAUCAAGCCGUACCAUCGCGGGUUUUACUGCAGUGACCAGUCCAUCCAGUACCCGUAUAAAAACGGGGACACCAUAAGCGAUGCCGUGCUCUGUGCCGCAGGCAUUCUAAUUGCCAUCUUUGCUAUUGUGAUUGGCGAAUGCUACAGGAUCCAUUACCUGAACCAGGGCUCCAAGUCAUUCGUGGGAAACCCAUAUGUCUCCGCCCUUUACAGACAAGUGGGCGUGUUCAUCUUCGGCUGCGCCGUCAGCCAGUCAAUCACAGACAUCGCCAAAGUCUCGGUUGGACGGAUGAGGCCGCACUUCCUAGCCAUUUGUCAGCCUGACUACUCUACCAUCAACUGCUCUCUGGGAUAUAUUACUCAGUACAAAUGUCUUGGAGAUCCCAGCAAAGUGCAAGAAGCCAGGAAAUCCUUCUUUUCUGGACAUGCUUCAUUUUCGAUGUACACCAUGCUGUAUCUUGCAUUCUACCUGCAGUCUCGGUUCACGUGGCGAGGCGCCCGUCUGCUGAGGCCACUCCUCCAGUUCACCUUGCUAAUGAUGGCCUUCUACACCGGAUUAUCACGCGUUUCUGAUCAUAAGCACCACCCGACUGACGUUCUAGCCGGCUUUGCCCAAGGAGCCCUGGUGGCCUACUGCAUAGCCUUUUACGUAUCGGACCUCUUCAAACCCAAAGCCAAGACUGCCACUCCGCCUCCCUCGCCAAUCAAGAAAGAGCUCCUCCCCUCAUCUGACAUCAUAGAGCGGAACAACCAUCACAACAUGGUGUAGGAGUGGGGAACCGGAGGCUCCGUUUGCAAUCACCCCAUCCCUCACCUCCCCCCGAAUCCCCUGAAAAAACCAGAACAGCCACCUGUGACAGAGGAGCAACGGCCUAGCUGACACCUCCUCUCUCUCAUCUGACAGUAGAAUGUAGGGACAGGACAGAGACAAUCCUAUUGACUCUUACUAUAAUGACCUCACUAUCCUAGAGCCCGAUUCGAAAGGCCAAACAGACACAAAGCUAACAAAAAAAGCGAGUUCUCCCUCAAAAUACUGCGGAGAAUGAAUUCAGCUCCACCGACGAAAGCAACACACAGAACGCGUUAACGAACGCCAUCGAAGAGAGCGAAUGUGAGGCUGGUCACGCGACCGGUGCUUCUCUCUUUCUCGUCUCUGUGGCCUUUCAGUAUAGAACAACAAAUUCCUUAUUAAUAGGAAUGAUUCGUUUUACCUGCGAUGUAAUUAGCACAGAUAUAUUAACAAUAUAAAGAAGAAUAACUUAUAGCACUAUAUCCAAGUUCAUUAAACGUCACCACUCGCUAUCUGAGAAGAGUAGCUUCGAAAAGCUUGAUAAAGUUUGUAUUUACCCGUAAGAUCAAAGCUGAUCUUAGCUACCCGAACAGUGGCCUAACUUUUGGAGAAUGCAUUUUAAAGGGUUUUAAAUGGUGGGUGGGUGGGUUUACACAACUUUUUUUCUUAGAUUAAAUAGAGUUUUAUUUUAGAUAACGAUUUCACGGUGGCCGACGCCCACCCCUGCCUGAUUCUCGGGGCGUGGCUGAGCCGUGCCGCCUCAUUGGCUGAUUGGUCAGGGGGCGGAGUUAGAUAUCGGGGAGGUGUGUCUCGUCACCACGGUCGCCGGGAUUGACUCCCAGUGACCGCACUGGCACAUUUUUUUGUUUUAUUUUUGGAACCGGGAACGAGCUUCUUCCGCUGGCUGGUUUGACCUCUUUCCCUUCCAACUGCAUAAUCACUCAACUCUAGUUGUGUGUUUUUACCCAGAAUGCCACCUGUGCCGAAUGCCUGAGUCAAACUGGCCCGAAAAGGGGAUGUGGGGUCCCUCGGCAGGACGCUCUGUCCCAUUUGUGUGUGUUUGUAUGUGUCGCGUGUGUUUCCGCACCCAUGUGAAGAAACUUAAGAAAACUGUGGACUUUUUUUUUUUGUUUUCGAUAUGCCUAUCGUGAUGAUGUCUACUGUCCCCACUAACAACUGUACAGUACUGCCUGAUUAUUACAGAAAACACAUCCAUACAACACGACUCAAGCUCCAAAUGUGUUGCACAUCCCUCCCAUUGUAUAGUCCGUCCUAUCAUUUCAACGAACCAUUUUCUUUUCUUUCUCAGAAGUAUAUAAAUAAUGUAUAGAUCACUAAAAUUUAACUAUGUAA